AUAGCGGACAAUACACACAGAAAAUAUAUAGUUCUUUUUCUUUAUUUUGUUUAUUAUUGCUGUGAACAUGAAGAGAUUCACUCAUGGAAGUUUCAUCUGUGUUUUGUGUCUGAUGGUCUUCUCAGAAAUCAUACCAGAGUAUUUAGCAGCCAUUCAACUGGGACAGUUCAUGCUUGACAAGAGAAACAGCAGCACGCUUUGGCAGAACAGCACAAUUCCAGGGUCCCAUUAUGUCUCGACGACAGUUAUUCCCAAGACAUCUAACAGCAUGAUCAGAAGAAAGAGGGCUUGGUUGAUUCCCCCUGUCAGCAUUUCUGAAAAUGAUAAAGGCCCGUUCCCAAAGGAAGUGGUGAAGAUGAAGUCCACUGCUGCUGCUUCUAUAAAUGCUGCACUGAUCUAUAAAAUCACAGGCCCUGGAGCAGAUCAGCCGCCCAAGGGUCUUUUCAGAGUGGACAAAUAUUCAGGCAUGUUGUGGGUCACCAAAGGCCUGGACCGAGAGGAAACUGAAGAAUACACUAUCACAAUUCAUGCUUCAGCAGAGGAUCAAAGCUACACUGAAACCCCUGUCAAACUCACCAUCAAAGUUAUUGACCAAAAUGACAACAAACCCUUGUGUACCCAGAAUCCUUUUAUGGGAGAAGUCCUAGAAAGGGCAAAACAAUAUGUGCCUGUCAUACAAGUGACGGCAAAAGACAUUGAUGACCCCGAAACUGCAAAUGGCGUUGUGCGUUACAAACUGGUGAGACAGGAACCCAUCGGUGGGGUGUUUCGCAUUGACCCAGCCAGUGGAGUCAUCAGCCUGGCCACUAGGGGUGUUUUGGACAGAGAGACUCAAACUGUGUAUAAGCUGGCUGUGGAGGCAGCAGAUAUGGAUGGUCACGGUCUUUCUUCCACCUGUGUGGUCAUCAUCAAUAUUACUGAUAGCAAUGAUCACGCCCCUAAGUUCAGCCAAAGAAAGUAUGCAGGUACAGUACAAGAAAAUAAGGCUGGGGGAAUUGUUGCAAGGUUGGAUGUCACCGAUAGAGAUGAGCCUUUAACUGUAAACUCAGUGGCAAAGUUCACCAUCAUCCAAGGCAACGAAAAAGGAUUCUUCAACAUCAGCACCGGCCCCAGUGGGAUGGAGGGAAUCAUCACAACAUCAAAAGGUCUGAACUUCGAGCAAGCCAACAGUUUCUCUCUGCUGGUGGUGGUUGAGAACGAGGUUCCUUUUGCUGUUCCUUUAGUGACCUCCAAUGCUACCAUCACCAUCACAGUGCAGGAUGUAAACGAGCCACCUGUCUUUGAGCCUGCAGAGAAACGGAUCAUGAUUCUUGAGGACCUCGCAGUGGGCAGCACCAUCUCCAAAUACACAGCCAAUGACCCAGACACUGCUAGAGAGCAGAAAAUAAGAUAUAAGUUGCUGCAAGACUUUGCAAACUGGCUGGAGAUCACAGAGGACACUGGAGUCAUCAGAGUCAGGAGCUCACUGGACAGAGAAGCCUCGUUCAUAAGAAAUGAACAGUACACGGUCUUAGUACUGGCUUAUGACAAUGAUGAUGAGCCCACCACAGGAACAGGCACAUUAGUGAUUAAGCUGUUGGAUAUUAAUGACAACGCACCAGUGCUGGAGGAGCGCAGAGUCCCGAUGUGUCUCAAAGAACCCAAGCCCGUCCGUCUGACCAUCACAGAUCCAGACGGGCCAGAAAAUGGCCCACCCUUCAUCAUAGAGCUACAUAAAGAAUAUCAAAGCAACUGGACCAUCAUCAGAAACUCCAGCAGCAGUUUGGUGUGGUUGAACCCACUCAGACGUCUGGCUCUUGGCGAUUACAGCCUGGUAUUGCGUGUGUACGACUCCAAGAUGUUAUUUCAGGACAGUUCUAUCAUAGUGGAGGUGUGUGACUGUAGCGGUGAUGACGUUACCUGCUUUAGUGGUAUAUAUGCUGCUGCUGCUGACAUCACCCUGUCCAUCUAUGUGCUAGCGGCCAUCUUAUGCUUUCUUGUGCUUUUACUGUUGCUUCUUCUCCUGAAGAGAAGGUGUGGGAGAAAAGUUCAUUGGGAACAGUUCAGUCAGACAGAAGAAGACAGGGAUAAUAUUUUAUGUUACAAUGAGGAAGGAGGCGGGGAACAGGACCAGGAUUUUGAUAUGGUCCUGUUGUGCAGCAGACCAGAGGUUUUCUCAACCUAUAUUGCCCCGACGGCCUCACCAAUGGUCUUCUAUCGACAACACCCAGACGAGAAUGAAGAUAUUGAAAACUUCAUUUAUGAGAAUCUGUGCACAGAAGAUGAUGACCACUAUGUGGUGCUGUAUGACUCGGUGCUGGUGUUUGCACAUGAGGGUGAGGGGUCUGAAGCUGGAUCUCUUAGCUCCCUGCAGUCGUCCAUCAGUGAUGGAGAUCAGGACUUCCAGCAUCUGCAGAACUGGGGACCUCAGUUCAGGAGACUGGCUGACAUGUAUGCUGGAGGAGAAGAUAAUAUGUAAUAUGUGCUCUGAUCACUGUAUAGGAGUAUGUAUAUAAGAGUGUGAUGUGAAAUUUGUUACCAAAUAUGCUGUAAGUCAUUAAAAAGGAAUAGUUCUCUAAAAAAUGAAAAUGUGCUGAAAAAUGACUCGCCUUC